CCAGUCCGUUUCAUUCACUAAUUCUCCACUCAAAACUUACUUUAUUUUCUUCUCAGUCUUAUCUUCUUCACACCUCAUUCGUUUUCAAAACCCAUUUUUCAAGUUGUUUCAAAUUCCUCAUUCUCAGAAAAUGUAAACUUCAUUUUUUUUCUUCUGCCCUUUUCAUAUUCUACUACAUUCUCCAACUUCUCUUACCAUUUAAGCCCUCAUUCUCACUCUCUGUUUUUUUCCUUUUUCUUUUGCUUGUUACUAAGAAGCACUCAUCAUCAUCAGUCACAGACCAAGAUUAUAUUAGGGGAAGGAUUGCAACUUGUGUAGCGACUAAGACAACUUACUAUUGAAGAUGUCAACUUCAGAGAUGACUUCAGGGAAAUCUUACUGCAACUCGUUUAAGAAUAAGAAGUUUAGCUUCGACGUUGGUGAUCCUACUUUUAUAGCUCCAGAUGGUGAAAAUGAAAAGCCUAAAAUUGCAAUUAUCAAGCAUAUAACAGAAGACAGUGAUGGGGAAUUGAUGGUUAUGUGCCAGUAUUUGUAUAGACCGGAGGAUGUGGCAGAUAGAUAUGGUAGAAUGUGGCAACGGUAUGAUGAUAGGGAGCUGUUCUACAGUUUUCACCAACAAGAGAUUCCCAGUGUGUGUUUGAUGCACCCUUGUAAAGUGCAUUUUGUUCCCUCGGUGGACAAAGUUCCUGUUCGUACACAGCAUCCUGGCUUCAUUGUACUAAGGGUUUAUGAUCAUGAGGAACAAGUACUAUGGUGGAUAACCGAUAGGGAUUUUGAGAAGCAUAAACAAGUUGAAAUUGAUCAUCAUCUGCUGAAAACUCAACAACUGUUGGGAUAUGACAUGGAGAUGAAAGAGGAGAAAGCCGAAUAUUCUUUGGAGGAAGCUGAGAUUAUGGAGGAGGAGGUGGAGGAAAAUCAACCACAUAUACCUGUAGAGGAGGAUGCUUAUGAUAUUGAUGCAAUUUUGGCCAAGGCACUUACAGGAGAUGAUGUGAGAGAUAAAUGCUUGGGACUGCUUUUCGAGGAAAUAAACUGUACUGCCUACAAAGCAUCCAGAGAUCACCAUCCUAAGGUUGUUAUGUCAGCGUUAGUUGCUCUAGAGAAGGCCUGUUUUAGAACUCGAGGUGAGAAUUUGGCUAAGUAUCAGCAAAAAAUGCGACAGUUGCGUUUUAACCUGAAGAGUACUGUAGAUUUGGCUAGACGUUUGAUUGAUGGCGAGUUGGAAGCUUCGGCAGUUGUGGAGAUGACAGCAGAGGAGUUAAGGAAAGGAUGUCUGUCAGCAGAAGAGAAAGCAGCCAAAGAAGAACCAGAGGAGCAACAUAUGGAUACGGCGGAUAUUCCGUGCCCAAGAUGCAGUGAGAAGAAAGUGGGUCUGCACAGCAACAUCCUCAGACCAGGACGUGCUGCCGGCUAUCAGUUGGAAUGUUUGAAAUGUGGUAAGACAUGGUUCUCGCCUAGGUUAUGAGGUGGGGAUCAACACAUAUACAUAACAUCUGGUCUUAGAAGCCUUUAAAUCCUUUUAACUGGGUAAACAAUCUAGGUCCAUCAGAACUCAGCAAUACAAAAAGUAGCAUAUUAUAUAUACUGAUAUAGAUAUUAGUUGUAGUUUUUGAGACAAGCAUAUUUUGGUUUUAAUUUUGCAAGUAUGCAGGCUUGAGAUAUAACUACACAGAUAUCGAACACUUGAUGCUCUGCCAGACUUGCCAGCACAGGUGUCUCUUCCUAUUUGUUGCCUGUAUAGAUAUGUUGCAUCAUUUUCCUAUGCUAGGAUUUGACCAAGCAGAUGUUACAAUCCUUGGUUGAAUCUAUUUGGAGAUGGUCAGGGGAAAUUUUACCGUUGGAUAAAUAAAUCCCGGAUGAUAAGAUUACUUGCAGGAA